AUGUGGUACCCCAACUGGAAGCCUUCCAAGAUGCAAGAAACAGUCACGGAGAGCACUACCGCAGUCUGUUCUUCAUCGACCGAAUCUUGUCGUUCAGGGGCUGUAUACCUCCAAACGUUUCGAGCGUGGGUGUCGUUCAACGACGAUUGUGUGUACGUUAGAGGACUAUUUGACAGCGGAAGUCAAAUAACUUUUAUUCGUGAGGACGUCGCGAAGAAGCUCAAGUUACCGUCAACAGGAGAGAUUGAAGUCACCAUUAACACUUUUGCCAGCACAUCUUCCAGCCCAGUGAGACGCAGACUUGUGCAGGUCAAGCUUCGCAGUCAGUACCAGGCGGAAGACAUUGUGAUCGACGCAAUAGUGGUUCCGGUGAUAUGCAAGGACAUUCUCGAGAAUCCUAUAAGUGACGAACACCUUACACGCCUUGAGGAUAACGACAUGGAUAUGGCAGAUGCCGUUCUUUUCCCAGGGGUUCCGAAAGUGCUGGGCAUCAGUGUCCUGAUUGGAGGAGACCAGAUAUGGCAAUUUCUCACAGGCGAAAUCAAAAGAUCCAGAACGAAUGAAGGCCUUGUUGCAAUGAACUCCAAACUCGGGUGGACCUUCUUGGGCCCUAGCACUGUACGCGGUCUCGUGGCGCGACAAACCAAGGGGAUGAUCUGUGUGCUUCGUGCCAGCCCGAAACCAGAGCUAGGUCUUCUUUCCGACGACUCGAAAAGGUUUUGGGAGUUGGAGAAGAUUGGCAUUACAGAUGACGUUCAAACUCCACAGUAUAAGGCAAAGACAAUACUUAAGAAACUGGUCGUCAGUCUGUCUAGAAAUAAGGGCUUACUUCAGGACUACGACCAGGCCAUUCGUUGCUACAUACGCGACGGACACGCCGAAGAGGUGCCACGCAAAGAAGACGUUGGUUAUCCGGUCGUUAAAUCUGAACCCAUCUACUACAUGCCACACCCUGAAGUGAUCAAGGAGCAGUCUACCUCAACUAGACUCCGUAUAGUUUUUGGACGCUUCAUCUCAUGCUCGUGGAGCCAGACCGCAGAGAUCAUGGCCCAAUCCUUUUACGUGGACGAUCUCGUCUUUGGAGCGGAUUCCACGAUCGAGACUCAGCGUUUAUACUAUGAAGCAGGGAACACCCUCAAUCAGGCAAAGAUGGAACUACGGAAAUGGUCAUCAAACCCUUCGGAGCUGCAAGAAAGAUUCAGACGUGAUGGAGUCGACACUCCUGGUGCUCCUGCAGUUUCUAAAGUAAAGGUUCUCGGGAUUACUUGGGACACCAACGAUGAUUCGCUCUCGGUUGUCAUAGAAGCUCUGAUCACUGCGGAGGAGUUGGACAAAGCUCAAGUUGACGGGCUUAAAGUGGCUCAAGAAUCUGCGUUGGGUCAGGAGAUCUCCCUGCUCGAGCGUAAUGAAAGUAUUUCGAGCUCAUCUCGUCUACGACAACUGCAUCCAUUCUUAGAUGAUGACUUACUGUUACGCCUGCAAGGUCGUCUACAGGAAGCUGAUCUAGACGAAGACAAGAAACAUCCCAUUAUCUUACCACAUGACCACCGGAUAGUAGAGUUAGUAGCAAUGGGAAUUCAUCAGCGUCUUCUGCAUAGCGGCGUCAAUGCAGAGAAGUCCCACCGGGACCCCAGUUCCACCGGAGACACACAGAGAGAAGAGAGAAAGUUGAGUCUCCUGCCUCCACCUACUUCACGAUGGUCCUCCCCGGCACUCCUCUGGCGAUAA